CAGAUACAGUCAACACACACGCACGGACAUAUACUAAAGUCACCCAAAGUCAGGUGACAAAACGAAGGACCCAGGAUGAACCUGUCUGCCAUAGUCAGGAGUCUGCGUAAAAGUUUAGGGCUGGAGGCGAGUGCCUCGAAGCAGUACCCAGGCAAGGAUGAGCAGAGUUCGACCUAUUCAAGUGGAACCUCUACUUCCACGCCCAGUUCCAUUGCCAGCUCGCCAUUCGCCAGCGACGACGAAUACGAAAACACUUUGGAGGAGGAUAGCGAUCGUCUGCCCAUUUCAGUGCCCCAGCUGAAUCAGAGCCGUCAUCCAUACAAAGAGAUGAUCCAGCAGAUCCUCUAUCAGGUCAGUGAGCUGGAGCACACGUUCUACGAGGAUCAGCAGCAGGAGUUUAAGCUGCGCAUGGCCCUGGAACGACAAUCGGAUAGAAUACAGGAGCUGCACUUCUCCCUGGACACGGAAAAGCAGCGCAAUAGCCGAUUGGUGCAGCUGCUCCGCGGCAUAGACUCCUCGGGCGAGAGUGAGCCCGAUGAGAGGAUGCCAGGUGGAUCCCAUGUACAGUCCAUUGGAGGAAUUUUCGAGUCCAUUAGUCCAUUGCUCAUGCAACAGCGCUACGAUGAGCUUUCUGUCUCGCAUCGUCAGAGUCGCCGGCAGCUGGCCAAAAAGGAAAAGGCCCAUAGGCUCCUCAAGUGCGAGACGGAGGAACUCCAGGCCAAAUACGACCAUCUUUUCGAUGAGUACCGCAACGAGCAGCGCCGCGUCGAGACGCUCUGUUCCCGGUUCCUGCAAAUACACUCAAUGAAAAAGAAGCAGAUCGACAAUCUGAAGCAAUCUUUGGGCUAUGCCAGUGACUGCAUCUACCAUGCCCAGGUGGUUAUCGAGGCCUGCUCCCAUCGGAUAUGUUCGGGUACCGCUAAAGAACCCCUUCAUAACUUUGAAAGGACUCUGGGGAUCUUUAUGGAUUCGUUGCCUAACUGUGACUUGCACAAACUUAACGAACUCCAAGAACAACAAAAAAAAAAAGAACAAGAGUUGACCUCUCGGACCUUAGCUCUGGCAUUGGCCGGUAAUACUCGUAAGAGUGAGGCACUAUCAUCCUCAAAACGACAAUAUCGCAGGUCUUACGAACAUUGAACUUUUGUUAGGUUAAUUGGUGUUAGGUUAAUUUUGAUCG